AUGCACCACUACCUCCAACUACUACAUGCGACCACUACCCCCCCCCCCACCACAACCCGCUUAUCACCAUCACCCGCCUCCACCACCUACCACCACCACCCACCAACCACUUACCAACACCACUCCUACUACCAACCACCAUCACUUACCUCCACCACCCACCUCCACCACCUAUCACUACCACCCGUCACCAUUACUCCCACCCUUACCACCACUUACCCACCCAUCACCACCACCAUCCAUAACCAUUACCCGCCUCUACCACCCGCUACCACCCACCCAUCACCAAUAUCCACCACCACCUCUACCACUACACAUCAUCACCACCAACCACCACCACAACCAUCCUCAUCACUACCCACUAACAUCAUCACCACCUACCACCUGUUAACAUCACCACCACCCACCAUCCAACAUCACCAACAUUACCAAAUGCAACCACUAUCCUACAUCACCCACUCAUCAACACCACAACCACUGACCCACCCACCACCUUUCACCCCCACAACCUUUCACCAAUACCACCACCUAUCGCCCACAACCACCAUAGACCAACUAUAA